CAGUUUGCAUCUAACCAGCGUGAGUAUCGUAUUAUAUCUUUGUCACCGUAACCUUCAUACCGUUUUACGCUUCAUUUUUUAAUAAGAUAAUUGUAACGUUAUAUUAUAGUGAAUAAAAUACAUGUAUACAUUAAUAAAUAUAAUAAUUUAGUGCUAUAUCAACUGUGUUAUAUAUUAAUUCAUUUUAAUUAGGUUCUGUGAUUAAGUUAAAAGCAAUAAAUUUUUUACAAAUAAAAAGUGAGGAAAAUUCGAAAUAAAUAUUUUUCUGGUUACUGGGGAGUGUCUAAGACUAAUGAAUACAAUUAAAAUUGGAAAACAUCUACUUGGACCAUGAAAACUACAGUACAUCUUGCGAUCGAAGUAACGAGAUAGCGCCGUGAUUUCGGCGUGUUCAGCUCAGCGCUAGGAGCAAUAGGGUGGUUAACCAGUAAGGCUGAAAAGGAAUCUAGACAGAACUCAGCGAUUACACACAUCCAAAUAAAUCAACAAGACAUGAAUUCGAAAAUUACUCGUUUGAAAAUUGUUCAAGAUUUUUGGACAAUUAGAAUAAUAAAAAAACAUAUAGUUAAAUUGAUUUGCAACAAAAAUUAUUUCUUUGAAUAUGAUAUGAAGUGACAAAUGUAUAAAUUUAGUAUAAAAAAUUUUUUACAAUUACAUUUUACUUUAAUUAAGUUGCUCGUGGUUCCGUAUCAUUUUUUAUAUUUUUAACGGUUUAUUAUAAGUGUUGUCGAUUUAAAAUCUUUUAUGAGUGACUUCAAAGUAGCAACCGGUAACAUUGAUAUAUACCGAAACAGUGCCGCGAAGUGAGGCAGUGGUGGUAGUUAAGCAGUGGACAUGAUUAUUUCAAAGGAUUUGUUCCUUCUUGGCGACCAAGAUUAUCUUCGCCUGCCUAGCAACGAAAAGCGCCAACAGCGGGCAAUGGGGCGCCCGAUUAUUAACCCUACCAGAGUGGAAACUUCGGCGCUGCAACUGGUGUGCCCCCUGGAUUCUCGUCCAGUGCAACUAGUCUUCCGAGGACUGCAGGUGUUCAAAGAGAAGCGUGCCCUCCUUCGUGAUAUAUCCGGCGUGGUUAAGCCGGGCGAGCUUUUGGCUGUUAUGGGACCCUCAGGGUGUGGAAAAACAACAUUAUUAAAUUGUUUGUCAGGACGAGUGGACCUAGAUAGUGGAGAAAUUUGGUUAAAUCGAGAAAGAUUAACAAAAAGAUGGCGCCGUCGUAUUUGUUACGUUCAGCAACAAGACGUCUUCUUUCCCGAUCUUACUUUACGCCAAACACUGGAGUAUCAGGCACGAUUGAGGCUCCCGGAUACACUUUCGCACACACAGAAAAUGCAGUGCGUGGAUCAUAUCAUUGAGGUUCUUGAUCUCACUGGGUGCCAAGAUACGAUUAUUGGAGACUACACAAAACGAGGUCUUUCUGGAGGAGAAAGAAAGAGAACUAGUAUAGCCUGCGAAUUACUCACUAAUCCAUCGUUGAUGUUGCUCGAUGAACCAACAAGCGGUUUGGAUUCACACUCUGCCCAAGCCUUAAUUUCAAGACUGAAAAAAUAUGCUGAACAAGAAGGCAAAAGUAUAGUGGUGACCGUACAUCAGCCAAGCUCUAGGAUGUUUCAUAGUUUCAGCAAACUUUUAUUGCUCAGUCGUGGGCAAGUUGCAUAUUAUGGCUCUACAACAAGCAUUGGAAGAUUUUUUGCCACUAUCGGACUGACUUUACUUCCUCAUUACAAUCCUGCUGAUUUCAUACUGGAACAAAUAAAGGGACCGGAAGAAGUGAGAGAACGUAUCGUCGCAGCAGCCCAAGCAGCAAGACAGGGAUCAGACUGCCCACUAGAGCUUCGUGCUGACUAUAAUCCCAGUCGAUAUCCGCUAUGUGACCAUUUUAUCCACUACCACGAACACCAUAUAACCCACAACGUGAAAGAAGAUGAGGGCCGUACAUUAUGGCUGGAUACACAAAGUCACGCUAGCAGUAGUGCUAGUUCAACAGAUGAAGAUUAUUCUUGGCAAUGGCCGACAAGUUUUUGGUCUCAAUUCAAAGUUUUAUCCGAAAGAAAUUUUCAAGAAGCUCGACCACGAAUGUUAUCGAGAUUAAAUUGGCUCCAAACAAUUGCUCUAGGCAUUUUAGCUGGGCUUCUUUGGCUUCGAUUACCUAGAACUGAAGCAGCCCUCCAUGAUAUUCAAGGAUGGAUGUUUUUUAGUACCACAUACUGGAUGUUAUUUGCACAUUUUGGUGCUCUUUCUAGCUUUCCUCCUGAGCGUGAAGUUAUAAAUAAAGAGCGUAUGUCAGGAUCGUACCGACUAUCAGCUUAUUAUUUAGCCAAAAUGGUUGGCGAACUACCACUAACGAUAACUCUUCCGGCAGUAUAUCAUAUAAUUAGUUAUCCAAUGUUAGGAUUCCACAGUCCAGCAGUUUUUAUUACAUUACUUGCCUUUUUACUUCUGAACACUGUGGUGGCACAGAGUGUUGGUUUUUUUGUUGGGGCUUGUUGCUUGGAUCUACAAGUAAGCAUCACAGCUUCUGCACUCUACACUCUCGCCACACAGUUAUUAGGAGGUUACUUAGCGACUUCUGUGCCACCCUGGCUUGCCUGGGCACGUUACACUAGCAUGGUCCAUUAUGCUUACCAAAAUAUGCAAAUAUUAGAAUUUGGAGUUGGCGAUCCUAUAGCAUGCUCGCAACCAAGUAAAUUCCCAGAGUGCAAAAAUGGAACAACGAUUCCCGUGUCAGCAAUACUUGAGAACCAAGGUGGUCAAAGAGGAUCCAGUUUACCUUUAUGGGCUAACACUGUUAUACUUUUAGCAUUCUUGGUGGUGUUUCGAACGCUUGGAUAUCUAGUUCUUCGUUACUACCGGAUGCCUAAGUAAUUAUUUAACUUAUUGGCCAUAUCGUAUGCAGUUCUCUAAUUCAUUCUUCAUACAACUUCGAUUAAAUAUAAAUACCAAUUUUCUGUUAUUGAUAUUAGCUAACUCGGAAAUGGAAAUACUUCGAACCGUUACUUAUUUCGGCUUUCGUUUAUAUUUUUAUUAUCGAAUAGGAAUCACUAUUAUAUUAGGUUAGAAAAUUGAGAACGGGAUCAACCAUUAAUUGAAAUCUAUCAUGAAGUUCAUUAACGUAUAGAUUCAGGCGAGUUCUAAUUGUUGUUUUUAUUAUUAUUAUAAUUAUUAUUAUUAUUAUUAUUAUUAUUUUUAUUAUUAUUAUUAUUAAUAUUAUUAUUAUUAUUAUUAUUAUUAUUAUUAUUAUUAUUAUUAUUAUUAUUAUUAUUAUUAUUAUUAUUAUUUUUAUUUAUUUAAAUAUACCUAACUCUUUUUUUGUAAUCUUACGAGUUCACGUUACCGAAGGAAAAGUACACGGAAAAAUAUAAAUAGGAAUGGUUACUGUGGUACACAAGAAUGAUCGUAAAGUAUGUUAAAAUUAAUCGUAGCACAUUACUAGUUCUUGUUAUAAUAGGAAUGGGUCGUUUUUAUAUACGACUGAUACAAUCUAACAUAGCAACCAUUACUAUGUUAAACAUUAUGUCGAAAACAUGACUGGUUAUCGUGUUCACAGUCACCCUUCGCUUUCCAGAUAAUACAGUUUCCUUCCAGCAGUCGAUGUGUUACUCUAUAAAAUAGGUAUAGGUCCUGUGUGGAGAUGCGAAAGACUCUCCGGAGAAAUGCGUUCCAUUGUCGUUCAGCAUAGUAACCAUUCCUGUGCUGGACAGGAACUGUUGCUUUCAGUCACAUGCCUGAGUGCUGUUUACAACAUUAGUUCCCGCCAAACAGUAGUCAGGCAUGUGACUGAAAGCAACAGUUCCUGUCUAGCCCAGGAAUGGUUACUAUGCUGAACAACAAUGGAACGCAUUUGUCCGGUGAGUUUUUCGCAUCUCCACACAGGACCUAUACCUAUUUUAUAUAGUAACACAUCGACUGCUGAAAGGAACCUGUAUUAUUUGGAAAGCGAAUGGUGACUGUGAACACGGUAACUAUUCCUAUCUAUUUUUUUCCGUGUAGGUAGUAUUUUGAAUUGUUUUGUUACAAAAAUUAAAAUAAAAAAAAAAACAUAUAAAUACUACUUUUGUAGAUUACUUUUUUUUAUAUUUUGUGUGAAUUGCGAUUUUUCGGAUUUAAUACGUACAUGAUAUUAAAUAUAGUAAUAGCUGAAUUACUUUUCUGUAAGCUCGAUUGUAUUUAGAAAUAUGAAACUGAAAGUACGAUUAAACUGCAUUCAUGAAGAAGACUAUGAUUUCUGUAGGUAUUUCAUAAAAAAAAAGUAAACGUGGAAAAGUGAAAACGAAAGUAAACAAAUGCAUAACUGGAUAUAAUAAAUUGGUUGAGUGUAUUUACACAUACGAUAAUUAUAUCGUAACCAGCGUAUUCUAUCAGAGCUAAUAUCAUUAAUCGAAUAAUAGUUAUGUUAAACUAGGAAAGAAAUUGAACGAAUUAAUAUAUGAUAACGUAGGAAACUAAUAUAAGCGGAAGGAGAUAACUGUGAUUCCAUUUAUAAGGGAACGUUAAUUUAAUUAACAUAAUUUUACACUUCAAAACUGUUUGUCCAAAAACAUUUGAUUUUGUAUAUAUUUUUUUUAAAGCACAUGAAUAAGAUAAUAGUUAAUUCUAUUGACAUCUUACUAUUAUAUGCGCUUCGAUAUUCAUGAAUUCUAAAAACUAUUGAUUGACGUAAAGUUCGGCUGAUUGCUUGGACUAUUUAUAAUUAAAUGGAUUAAAUUGUUCUCGAACGAAAUCCUAAGCAGGAAAACAAAGAUGUAAUGUUUCGUUACAUUAAUAUGCUACACGGAGAUAAAUUUAUGUUAACAAUUACAAUAUAUUAUGGAAAUGGUUCCCAUAAUGCAUGGUAACCGUUUUUUUUUUAAAGUAGAUUAUAGGAACGGCACCCAUAUAUAUUAUAGUUAUCAUUACCAGAAUAUAUAUGAUUACCAUUACCAUAACAUGUGUAACCGUUACCAUAAUAUUACAGUAAUUGUUACUACAAUAUUAUGGUAAUCUUUACUAUAAUAUUAUGGUAACCAUUACCGUAAUAUAUGGUAAUUGUUACCAUUACCAUAAUAUGUGUACCCGUUACCAUAAUAUUACAGUAAUUGUUACCAUAAUAUUAUGGUAACCAUUAAUAUAAUAUAUGGUAACCAUUACCAUAAUAUUAUAGUAAUCUUUACUAUAAUAUUAUGGUAACCAUUACCGGAAUAUAUGGUAAUUGUUACCAUUACCAUAAUAUGUGUACCCGUUACCAUAAUAUUACAGUAAUCGUUGCCAUAAUAUUAUGGUAACUAUUAAUAUAAUAUGUGGUAACCGUUAUCAUAACAUUAUAGUAAUCUUUACCAUAAUAUUAUGGUAACCAUAACCGUAAUAUAUGGUAACCAUAACCGUAAUAUAUGGCAAUGGUUACCAUAUAUUAUGGUAAUGGUUACUUUAUAUUAUGGCAAUGGUUACCAUAUAUUAUGGGAACGGUUACCAUAACAUAUGGUAAUUAUUACCGUAACGAUAUGAGAUGAUAUUUUAUAAACGUCCUAGGAACGGUUACCAUAAAUUUCUCUCCGUGUAAGAAGAACUCAAAGCAACAAGCCGAAUUUGCCAUGAAUUUUUUCAGAUCAAAAAUCAGAACAGAUAUGAUUCAAAACUUCGAAUCUAUAAAGAGUGAAUUAAAAAACCAGUACAAUAAUAUCCUAAAGAAUUUAUAAAUAUUUCAAACUCAAUCGAUAUCAAAUCCAUUAAUGUCGCCAAAUUUUGAAGGAUACAUGUAUUGUUUUUUUCUUAUCAAUUAGGGUAUUAGAAAAAUUUGUAUAAGCUUUUUGAUGUAUUCAUGAAUAACUAACUCUUAAAUUUAUAAUAAAAAUUGACUGAUAACUUUUUAUAAAUGAUUUAAUAAGCAUACAAUAAUGUCUACGUGUUCGUUUUUUGACAUUUGAAAUCGUUUUAUAUUUAAAACAAAUGGUUUUCUAAUUUUAUAUCUUAAAAGUUAGGCAAUGAAUUAUAUCAUCUGUAAUUACCGUUACGACCAUUAUCAUCAUCUCAAAAUCAUGAUUAUAUCACUUAUUAUUAAUUAUAAUAGAGGUACUUUUUUCAAUUAUGUAUCCAAAAAAUGAUAUGUAUGAAAUCAAAAGUAAAUAAAAAAUUUUGUAGUUACUUGAUAAAUAAUAUGAAACUUAUUUUUAGCAUUCGAAUAAAACAGACUAGAUGAAAAAAAUACUUUCAUCGAUUCAACUAGUAACUAUUUAAAAUAUAAUAACGAUGAUCGAAAAACAAAAAUCUGUAAUGAAAUAAUUAAAAAGCAAAAAUAUUGUAAGCCCGAGUCAAAAAACAAAUUCGAAUUUACGUCUCAAAGUUCUCAAUGAAGUUUUUGAGGAUCAAUUUGCAGUAGAAUCUCGCUAUAUUUGACCGCUCUCUGUAGUUGACCAAAUUCUCUCUCUAUAUUUGACAAUCCUGUCUCCCACUACGACUUUUCGUUUGGCCAAUAAAAAAAAAAAACUUCGUGGCGGGUAGAUUUGAAUUAUUUUGGGCUAUAAGUACAAACUUUAAGUUCUAUUAAUCUAAUAAAUUUUAAUCACAUACUUUAAAGAGAUAUAAUAUUUAAA